CCAUUCGCUGAACCUUGCCGCACAGCGCGAACGUCUUCCGAUUCGGCAGUACCGCGAUCAGAUCCUCUACUGUCUGGAGAACUACCAAACGUUGGUACUGGUCGGUGAAACCGGUUCCGGCAAGAGCACACAGGUACCACAGACUGUGGCCGCAGUAGCUUAGAGCUUACAUCACUGAGCGCCCAGAAAUCGGAAGUUCCAAGUACCUAACCAACCAUCCCAGUACCAGUACGUAACCGUAAAGGCCUUCUUUCCGCAACGGAAGUGAAUAAAGUUUGUUGAAAGAAAUUUGAGUUUUGAGAGAAAGAGAGAGAGAGAGAGAAUAGUGCAACAACCAUGGUGGGUCCCAGUUCGCAAAUCAGCAAACUUUUGCUGACACUGCUGUUCCUGAUGAUAAUAUUCUUCAUCUGGAUGGACGUCAAUCUGUACAUUCGCAUUCAGGACUACCCGAUUCGAGACAAUGAGAUUCGGCUGAUCAAUGGAACUACCGUGCUGAAGCCUACGUUGCCAGUUACGUCGCCGUUUGCAACGUCCUCGAUGCCUUACAGGCAACCGCAAGUGGCCGCCCGAUACGAAGAUGUGGCGUGGGUAUCGUGCGAUUUGAAUCCGUUGUGCGACGUAACGGUGAAGGCGAUGAUGCUGGACCACACCAAUCAUUACCUGUUUGCGCCGAUGGCCACCAUUGCUGACAAUCUGGCGGGAUUCUCCAAGGGGGAUCUGAUCACGCCAAACAUGAUUUCAUUUUUCCACGUGUUCGUGGCGAUUGCAUCGGGACGGAUGAUUGCGUCGGAUUCGCUCGGAUACCGCAGGAUUGGUGUGGUUCUGUUCCAGUUCCGGACGUUCCUGGACGAUUUGGAUGGACACGUUGCUCGAGCUAAGAAAAAUAUCCGAGGAGAGCGGUCGGACAUUGGUUCGGCGGGAUACUACAUCGACGGAAUCUGUGAUGGGUUGGGAUGCAUCGCGCUCAUGAUUGGUGUUUUCAUUUUCCUGAAGAAUAAUCCUCCGCGGCGGGGCUACACUCAGCUGCAGUCCAUUAUCCCAGUGUCCGAGUCGAAGAGCUCCGAAUCCGGGGUCAUCUACAAGGUGAAAGUAACAACGAAGAAAGUGGCUCGAAAAGUGCUCUGCUACAGCGGGAUUCUGCUGCUGAGUUCUACCGGCUGGAACCGUUACAUAGCAAUCUACCAGGACAUGCUGGAGCGAGAGGACGUCACUCCGACCCAGUUCCUCCACCAGGAGUCUGUGUUCCGAUCGACGGGAUUCUUCUUCAUCUGCUGGCUGUGGCGAAUUUUCAACGUUCACGCGCUGCUUCACUUCCUGCUGCUGAGCAUCUUCUGUGAUAAACUAUGGGAGUACCUGCGGAUGAUCCAGUACGCCGGCUUCGUUACGCUGCUGGUCAUUAUCAGCGUGGCCGAGAUGCAUCUGCUCGGGGUGCAGAAUUUUAUCUAUAAAUCACUGACUGGUAACAAUACAUCGUUGUGAUUAAACUAAGAUUUAGACGUACAUAAUGAACGGAAAACAAACAAACAUUCAGAGCGUCCUGAAGAAAAACUCCCCCCAACGUCCCACUUAUUAUCAUUAUACUAUUCGUUAGCUACUUUUUACACUGACAUAAACAUUAAACUAUUGUAUGAUUAGUGCACAGAAGCAAAGCCUUAGAAAUUAGUUAGGAGAAAGAGAGAUAGAGAGAGAGCGAGCGAGCACGAAUGUAUCGGAAAGCAAAACACAAUACAGAAUUAAUACAGAGGAGAAAUUUAAUUUGUCCUUUUGCAGCAAGUGUCGCCUUCAUAACUCCCGUUUCCUACACUGAACGCAAUUUGCGUGCUUUUAGUACCUAUGGUGGUGUUUUUAGUAGACAGACAAGAAAAUAAGUAGCACUAGAACAUGAGUCUCGGUAAAGGUUCUAGAGCAAUAGAAUCUUUUCAUAAACUGCGGAUAUCAUAACAAAUUGUUAUUGUUGUGAAUUGUUUAGAAAUUUCCAUUAUAUCAUGCUUUUGUACACAGUUUUAAGUGCUGUGCGGAUCUCGGUUAAAGAUCAUUAUUAUUAUUUAUUAUUUUAUUCAGCAAAUUUUGCUGAAGUCUCGGUUAAACGCUUGACGUUUAAUGUUUAAUGAUAGCUGCAGCCAUGGGUGCUGCUAUGAAUAAACUUGACUUUUUGCUGAUAUUAGUUAAAUUGCGAUUGCCGAGCGCUCGGCUGUGCGGAUCUCGGCAAAAGAAUGAAAAUUAGCCGAGCUCAACUGAGUGUGUACUCUGUGUAUUCUGCAUAACCCUUUCGGGAUGAACCAACGUAAUUCUGCUGUUCCCAAAUGCAAUUAAUUGAAAAACAUGGUCUAAGGUGUUCCGAAUCGUGGAUGUUCUAGUAAUACUAAUUUUAACAGCUCUUCUACUAAAGACAUCUCGAUAUGUACGUUUGAUCGUUGAUUUGUUUUUAUUGACAGAUUAAGAUCAUACAUCCUACCCAGAGAGUUGUAGAAUUAUACCUAUAUAUUUAAACGUGAGCAAAAUCAAAGGAGUGAAACGCAAGUAGAAAACGAAAAUACAAAACACAAUAAAGAGAUGAACCUAUGUUUAGAGUGUUGAACCGGAAUCACAAACCUUCUUUUCUAUUGCUAGUUUCUAAGACAGAGAAAGAUGUGAAAUAGCACUAUAUUUAGCGUGUAGUUUAUAUUAAAUACGGAAUACGAACGGAAACGGAAACAAUAUCACAGUGAUGGUCCGGUUGGAGGUUGGCAAAGCCAGCGGCCCAUUCGCUACCGACCGAUUUUAGUGCACCCAGUAACGUAGUUUGAAGGGAUUAGAACAGGUGAACUUGGAACAGGUUAUACGUGUGAGAACUAUUAGAAACGUUAGAAUUGCAUUUUCGACUGCGACCCGCUAAGUGUAUGGGUGGAAGGGAAAACAGGAGUGUGUUGAAAUAUUGCCCCCAAUGGAAAGCUUUCUAGUUCGAACGAACUCUGCAAUGGAGAAAUUAUAAAAGAAGCAACAAGAGAGAUACAAAUAUAUGUGUAUAUGUGAAGUUUGA